AUGUUAUCCGCCUCGAUCGACGGCGCUGGACCAACUGACAGCCAUGUGCUGGCUCAGGUGGAGCAAGAUGAGAAAGGCCUCUCACAAAAAGCUGGCGAUACAGCAGAAAUCACUAAUAUCGGGUGGGAUGAACCUCCAGAUGCUAUCGAGGAACCCUUAGUGGCUGGACUCUCAAAUGAGGAUUUGUGGAUGCUCAUUAGACGAUUUGACAAGCAAGUCUAUCGAGUUCAAGCCGUUCCCGAUGCUCCCGUGCAGAGACUGGAUCUCACACGCAAAGACGACGAUGAAUUUUCCCCGGACAAACUCAGGGCCACACUUGAACGUUUCUAUGUAACUGUUAUUGUGGGCUUCACCAAUUGUAUCAAACAUAUUGCUCGAUUGCGGUCUUGGAAGGAGCCGCGACGGACCGCGAUAUUCUGCACGGCAUGUCUUCAUUCCAGAGAAAUUGGAAAUAUAUUUGCUUACUUCUUAUCAUGGCUUCUCGAUCUGCUCAUGCCAGCUACGCUGGUCACCCUAAUUGCCCUGGUGGUUUACCCACCAUGUCGAUCACUUAUCUUCCCUCCCGCUCCAAUCGCUCUUGUCAACAAGGAUACGGGUGGUGUACAAAAGCCAAUGGCGGGGAUUCUUGGAUCUGACGACAGUAUCACUGGAGCCCCUGAAAAAUUCAAGGGCGAGGCAGCCGAGCAAGAGGCUAGUAAUCUUGUUGCAGGAGUUGCCAGCGUGGCUGUCGGAAGCGCAGUUGGAAAGCAUGAUCAAGGAGUCCCUGAGGAUGCACCACUCGAUAAGGAUGUUCCAGACGCGAUGGAAAUUGUUGCCGAUACUGCCGAUGCGCAAACCGCUGCCCAUGGAAGGGUGCCGGCAGACUCCCAUGACAAAACAAGACAGCCUAUGAAGCAGAGCGUGAUGGAUGCCGCGAACCUUUCAAUGCAGGUGGUAGGCGACAUCACAGAUACCUAUGAGAAGCUGGCCAAUGCUCUAUCCCCCACAUCCCCUUUUCCUCAAAUGAGUCCUCGUCUGCGCCUGGCGGCUGUGCUAGGCCCAGCAUUUCUAGCCUCAACACUGACAUCUUGCUACGUCUUUAUGAAGCUCAGUACAUUUUUGAUCGGGAUCGUCUUCUUUGGAGACCCUGCCAUCAGACGAGGGAUUGCACAAUUGAAUAGCCGCUUCCCGAACUGGCAGAAGCUCAUACAGUUGCAGAAUUCCGUUUUGAAAGGUAUUCCAACAAAUGCUCAGCUGACUGUUACCCUUCUCCGAAUCGGCGAGGCCAAUGCAUCACCACUUCCACCCCCUCCAACCACACAAGACAAAGUGCCCUCGCGGCCAGCUUCCUUACAUCACGAGGAAAUCCCCCUUGGCGCUACUGACGAGGAAAUUAAACAAGCUGCACUGGUCAAGCCUGACGACCAUGUCCAGGAGGUCCAAGCUUUGCCAGAGAAAAGCCAUAAAAGGACAUUGGGUUCUAGCAUCCUGGGCUUCUUUCGAGGUACUACGGCCAGUGGUGUCGAGAGCAAAAGAGGGAUCGAUCGCUUGCGAGCAGCGGUUGGUUCACACCAAGCCAAGAAUCGUGUCGGCGUCCUGCGUGAUAGAGGCAAGAAGAUAACACCAGGUGGACCCGUAGCGUUUGACGCUCGAUGCAAAGGCAAGCGUGGCACUGUGAUUAUUGACUCAAGCAAACAGCCUGCCUUGCUGUACUUCACGACUGAUACACCACAGCAAGGAGACGAACAGGUGGAGCAUCGGAAGGUUGGAUCGGUCCUGUUCACUAUGCCGGUGACUGAUAUCCAAGAGAUGCGAAAGUUAGGAGGAAUGGGAUGGAAGGGGAAAUUGGUUGUUGGUUGGGCCCUUGGUAGUAAGGAGGUGGUCGAUGGUUUGCUCAUCACUGGCAAGAAGCCAGGGCAGAAACAUCAACUUACUGCCAUGGGGACACGGAAUCAAUUGUUCAAUCGGCUUAUUGCCAUUGAUGGACAGGUUUGGGCGAGCUGUUGA